AUGGCUAGUGGCGAAAGGGGCAGGUGGAGUGGGACUGUUUUCAAAGUUGUGGGUGUGCGAUCAGAUUUGGACAUGGAGGAGGACAAAUCAGGGUGGCGAUAUGCGGAGGAAAUGGUGGCCACGGGUUGGGAGGUGGUAGUUGGCGAUGGGGAAGGGUUGGGUUGUGAUGGGAGUGGGGCAGUUAGAGGAUCGAUGCUAGGGGUUGUCGAUCGGGUUCUGCUUAUGUAUAUUUAUUAA